AUGGAGGCUUUUCGGUCUACCUUGGAGGCUUGUCAACUUUGGGAUUUGGGUUUUAAAGGUCCUGAAUUUACAUGGUGUAAUAUGAGAAGUGACGGCCAAUUUAUAAGGGAGCGGUUAGACAGGGUGUUGGCCAAUGAAGAAUGGAGUAGGCGUUACCCUAUAAGACAAGUAGAAGUUUUAGCAACUAUCUGUUCAGAUCACAACCCAGUGGAUAUUUAUUUUCAGGAGCAUAAGGGGAGGCCCCAUACACAUCAUAGAAAAUUUAAAUUUGAUGCUGAGUGGGGAAAAAAUGAGAAGGCACGAGAAGUGGUCAAGAAGAUAGACCUUGGUUCCAUUAAAAAGCUACAAGCAGACGUGGAUGACAUUCUGGAAAGGGAUGAGCUGAAAUGGAGACAAUUGGCAAAGGAGCAUUGGUUGAAGUUGGGGGAUAAAAACUCAAAAUAUUUUUAUGCUCGUGUGAAGCAAAGACAGAAGGCGAGCAAAAUUCAGUGUAUAUCGAAUGGGGAGGGUAGAUGGCAUACGUCUCCAGAAGCUGUCCAAACAGCUUUCAUCGAGCACUUCAAGAACAUAUUUACCAUGUCACAACCAGUGGGUAUCUCUCAAUGCCUCGAGGCUCUACGAAGAACGGUUUCGGAAGAAAUGAAUGAGGGACUGCUCUAG